AUGACUGCGUGCUAGUAAAAAGCCUCAUACCAUCACUUCAUUUAUAUUGCCAGAUACUUAUUUUCCUUUUGAGAUGUAUCUCAUACGUCUGCUAUUGUUUAGUUUUGGUUCUAUUAUUCAUUAUUUAGCAAAUAAGGAGAUCACAUAAUAUUCUCUAUUUACGGAUGCUUUAUUUUUCUAAUAAAUAUAACUAGAAACUAAUAACACUAUAAUUAAUCAUUUUUUUAAAAUUAUUGCUAAGUAAUCAGAGAGCUAAUACUGAUUGAUCAUUAUUUGUAUUUUAUGCUAAGAAAAGUUACAUAUAAUUAUUUUCUAAGCUGUUUGAAUGUUGAAUGAUAAUUUUUAAAAAGGUAACAAGCUUACAUUAAAAAUUAUAAAGAAAAAUAUGUAUGCCUAGAAAUCUUGUUAAGUCAGGAGGAAUUUUUUUGCCAGUAUGGCAGAAAAUAGAAGUUCAGAUGGAAAAUUUUAUGAAGUGCUUUACGAUUAUAGCUUAAUCGAUCAAUCCUAUGACUUUACUUGCCCAGAAAAUAAAAAUAUAAUACACAGUCAAUGUCCAUCACUAGUUACUGUUCCAGGAUUUUGCUUCCAAGGAAAAACGCAACAAAACAAAACAGCUUACAUUAAUAUUUGUCACUCUCUCGAAUUACCAAAUUGCAAUGUUUAUAAUUCAAAAAUUCAUACUAGUCGUGGAGAUGAAUCGAUUCUAAGAUUUAAUUUAUAUUUAGAUGAUGAACGUGUAGAUAGAGAUGAAAAUGGUAAAAUUUGCAUAUGCUAUGAUACAAUAAUUCAAACAGAAUUUAUGGACUCUAUACUUUCUCACAGUCACCGUGAUCAAAGACUUAAUUACCUAUAUCAAACAGCAUGUAAAGCUAUUUAUGAUAGGUAUAACAUUAAAUUAGAAAAAGAAUUUGAAUUGUUAAAGAAGUUUUAUCAUGGGACUAUGCCAGAAUCUUUGAGAAAUGUAUACAAACGAUUAGGUGUUCUGUCCAAAUCAGAAGAAGGAAAUAAUAAAGAGCCAUACUUCUCUGAUCCUUUCACCAUAAAUACAACAAUAAGGAAAUUUCAUACAGAACGCAAGCCAGAAUUUGACAUUAAAAAUCCUUCAAUUGAAUACGAGAUCCGACAAUUUCCUGCUGAAGGAGAAUUUAAAGGUUUCAUGUUGCAAGUAGUUCUGCCAUAUUUUUCCUUUUUAGAUCCUAGAGAUGUUAAAGUAUUUGCUUCUCGAAAGAAGCUAUUUAUUAGAGAAAAUAAAACAAAUCACCAAUUUUAUUUUUAUCUUCCUAAUGCAAUAUCAGUUAUGGAUUGUAGGAUACAUUAUCAUGAAGGUAAAAUAACAAUAUAUUUACCUCGUGCCAAUCCUUCAUCAAUUUUUACACUUGGACAAUAUCGUAGAAGACCAGAUCCACCAAGAAUUAUUUCACCUCAUGAAGCUCCACGAAGUCAGACACCUAUGCAACAAUUAAGACCUCAUCAUGAGCAAAAUGCUACUGAAACUACUAAUUCGCAGAUUGUUGCAGCACAAAUUUCUCACCAUCAAACAGCCCCUCCACCUCAAAUGUCACCUCGUCAACAAUAUCCACCUCAUUAUAAACCUAACUAUCCUAAUAUAGAUAAUCAUCAAACAAAUGCUCCCCACAUGAAUCAAGGACAUGCAAUGGCUCCUCAUUUCCCACCAACGUCACAGAGAAGUCAUUUUCAGUCUAAUACAUCACAUAUGAGCCAACACCAAGAAAAUAUAGCUCAGAUGCCUCGUCAUCAUGCAGUUCAUUACCAGAUGCCUCCUUCUCAGAAUUCACAACAUAUGCCAUCACAAAUGAAUCACCCUCAAAUGACUUCUCGACCCAAUCAUCUUCAACCAUUGCCCUCACAGAUGCCCCAUAAUCGUGUUAAUCCUCAUUACAUGAAUCGUUAUCCACCAAAUGUGCAGAUGAUGGAACGACAUCAAGGCAAUGCCCCUCCAGUCAAUCGACAGCAAGCCAGUCACCAUCACAUGGGGUAUCCUCAAAUGGAUUCCACCCAAAUGAACCAUCACCAAUCGACUCCUCCUCGAAUGGAGCAUCGUCAAAAUAUUCCUCCACAAAUAGCUCACCACCAAGCAUCCCCAGCUCAAAUGAAUCAACUUCAGAUGGCAUCAUCUCAUUUGGCACAGCUUCAAACUGUACUUUCUCGACAAGUUCAUUUACAAGAAGCUCCUUCCCUGUUGGCUCGGCUGCAAGCUACUCUUUCCCAAGUUGAAAACCUCAAAGCUAACUCAAUACAGCAGGCUGACCCCUCACAAUGUGCAUUGCAAAAACAAGAUAUUGAAACUGAACCCCAGAAACCUCCUCUUCAAAAUACAAACCAAGAAAAAGAUUCAGUUCAAAACAACUCUAUGCAAAUAGCUGAUCUUCAAGCAGCUCUAAAUGAAAUUUCUGAUCUUCAAAAGGCUCUUCUUGAAGCAGCCAAUUUUCAAGUAGCCAACCUUCAAGCUGCAAUUCUCCAUAUCACUACACCACAAAGAGAAGAUUCUCAGAAUCUUCCUCCAACACCUGUAGAACAACAAAUAACUAAUCCUGAAACUCCACAUUCUCAACCUACUACAGAAAGUGAUAAUCUUCAAACUAAUUUUCAACAAUCCCCAUACCCACAGCCUGCCUCUACAGCUGUAAAUACUCCAACACCUGCUUCUUCACCUUAAAAGACAUAUUUUAUGCUUAUUCUAGAUUAUAUCUACUUUUUUUUUACAUAAAUGUUCAAGAUGAAUAUUUAAUAAAUUUGUUAUGUAUUGAAAA